AUGACAGACCUCAAGCUCCCCGAGCCGUUCGCCAGCAUCCCCCGGGAAUCGUUCCUGUUUGGACCCUCGCCCAUCCAGCAUCUACCGCGGAUAUCCUCGGCGCUGGGCGGCAAGGUCCAAGUCUACGCCAAGCGUGAGGACUGCAACUCGGGACUCGCGUACGGAGGCAACAAGACGCGGAAGCUCGAAUACCUAGGCUGGGAAGCCCUGUCACAAGAUUGCGACACCCUCGUCUCGAUCGGGGGCGUGCAGUCGAACCACACGCGGCAGGUCGCGGCCGUAGCCACCAAGCUCGGGCUCCGCAGCGCCUUGGUGCAGGAGAAAUGGGUGGACUGGACCGACGCCCACUAUGAGAGCGUGGGCAACAUCCAGCUGUCGCGGCUGAUGGGCGCCGACUCGCGCCUCGAUGCCAGCGGCUUCGGUAUCGAGCACAAGACGACGCUGGCAAAGCUGGAGAAGGAACUGCGCGAUGCCGGCCACAAGCCCUACUACAUCCCCGCCGGCGCGUCCGAUCACCCGCUCGGAGGGCUGGGAUUCGCGCGCUGGGCCUUCGAGGUCGAGCAGCAGGAGCGCGAGACGGGCGUUUUCUUCGACACGGUCAUCGUGUGUGCCGUGACGGGGUCGACCAUGGCGGGCAUGGUGGCGGGCUUCAAGCUCGCGCAGAAGAAGCUGGGGUCGAGGCCGCGCAAGAUCGUGGGCAUCGAUGCUUCGGCCAAGGUAAAGCAGACCUUUGAUCAGGUGCUACGGAUCGCCAAGGCGACGGGUGUUAAGAUUGGGCUCGAUGAGGGGGACAUUACCGAGGCGGACAUUGUGCUGGACGAUCGUUACCACGCUGGUACGUACGGCAUCCCGGAUGCGCAGACGCUCGAUGCGAUCCGGUUCGGUGCGCGGACAGAGGCCUUCAUCACGGAUCCUGUCUACGAAGGUAAAAGUCUGGCCGGCAUGAUGGACAUGAUUCGGAAGGGAGAGAUAGCCGAGGGCAGCAACGUGCUGUACACGCACCUCGGAGGGCAGUUGGCCUUGAAUGCGUAUUCCGCCAUUCAAUAG